AUGUAUGCUUCGCUAAAAGAAUCUGGACUUGGAGCCGGUGACUGGGCCGUCUUCCCUGGCGGAGGUGGUGGAACAGGCAUCCAAGGUGUACAGCUGGCCUGCGCCAUGGGCAUUCGACCUGUGGUGGUUGAUACUGGCGAAAGUCGUCGAUCGCUUUCGCUCAGCCUUGGUGCUGAGUAUUUUGUCGAUUUUAUGACCGAGGCAGACCCGGUCAAAAAGGUCUUGCAAGUCACCAACGGAGGUGCUCACGGCGUGUUUGUCAGUGCUGUACAGGCUUAUCCCGCAUCGCUUGACUAUCUUGGUUCACGUAUCGGUGGAGUGGUUAUGUGCGUCGGACUCCCGCCCAAGGGUCGAUAUCACAUUGAUGCGGAUCCUACCCAGCUUUGCUUGAAGAACCAGUCCAUCAGGGGUACCCUGUCGAGCAGUCGGAAGGAUAUAGCUGCCACCCUGGACUUUGCGAAACGAGGAAAGAUCCACCUGGAGCCUGUCGUGGUUGGAGUGAGCAAGUUCAAUGAAGCUGUGCAAAGGUUGAAAAAGGGUCAAGUUGCAGGAUACGCGGCCUGCAUGAGCGAGCGCAGAUUCUCCGAACUACCAGAGUUUGUCCACGACGGCGUCAUCUACAACGCACAGCCGCCGAUGACCAGUCAAGAUUACGGCAGAAUGAUCGAUGGGAUUGUUGGGAAACUCGAGAAUUUUCGCCUUGAUCUAGAGAUGUUAGUUGUGGACGACCGCUGCUCGACCGACCUGGACGGCAUGGUCUCAGCGAGAUUCAGGCUGAGUUAUGAUUCUCCGAACAAGAAGUUGGGCCAGGAUCGCGUGGUGUUCUACGAGCACGUCUUCUUUCGGUUCCAGGGGGGAAAGAUCGCGGAGAUAUGGCCAUUGAUCGCCUGGCCGGAGACAUGA